UGCAGAAUUUACGAUGCCUACUUUUCCGACGCCGUGUUUCUAUAGAAUUAUAGCAGGCACUCCCGGUAUAAAGUUUUGAAAGACUCGAGAGCGUCCGGAGAGCGUCCGAGAAUUGCCAAACCUGCUUACUUCUAUUUGCUCAAUCAUUCAUCAUGAAUUUCCCGAACAAUGAUCUGAAUGAUCCCAGCGCGCCGCCUCCAUUCGGGCCCUCUCAUCUGCAUGAGGAUCCGACUGCGGCUGCGACUGCGGCUGCGGCUGAAGGAGCCAGCGGCGCGGCACCCGGAGACUCCGAGUAUCCCAAUGAGGGCCUUGAUCGGAACCUCUACGCCAACCCCUACGGUUACCAAGACCCGACCCAGUAUUACAGCCCUCUCGGAGAAGGCCCUUUCGGAGGUGACUUCUUCGGAGAUGGCUCCCUCGGAGACGGCCAAGCAGGAAGUUAUCCACAGGCCGGACCCUCUGGAUAUUCCAUGCCCCCCGCUGGUGACGCUUCCUAUUACUACCCUACGGGAGAGGGCUCGCAGGUGAUGUAUGGCCAAAUGGCUGGUCCUAACCGAGGCCUUCCACACCAGAGCAGAAAGGACAGGAGAAGGAACAGAAACUACACGCCCGAGCAGCUUGCUCACCGCCGGGAGCAAAACAGAAAGUCGCAGCGCGCGUUCCGGGACCGCAAGGAGCAGCGAAUCAAGGAGCUGGAGCAGCAAAUCUCCGAGGUCGACCAGGAGACGGAGGACAUCAACUCGGCGCUCGAGGUCCUCCAGGCCGAGUACCAGUCGCUUCUUGAGUCCAAGGAGAAUGAAAAGGGAAAGGGGAAAAGACCUGAGAAGAGUACUUGAUGGAUAACGUCUAGAUGGUGAACGGGGGAGAUACGAGCACAUCUGUCAGUGUCUCCCUCCCUGCCUGCCUUGUCCUUGUUGGGAGUGGAAAUUGGUUUCAACAACUCUUACUCACCUGGCUAUAACGACGCAAGAAUACACAGCGAAGAGAAUUCAACA